GGCAACGUUACAAAAACGUAUACAAACAGGGAACACGUGAAACUUAGGAAUCUUCAAUUUUCAGCUGCUGUACCAUGGAUACCAUAUUGCUGGAGAAACUGAGCCAAUAUUGUGAUCAAGUGGUGGGAGGCCAAGUUGAUACAGGAUGCGAAUUACAAAGGAAAGGCAAAAAAAAUAAAAAGAAAAAGAACAAGCACAACAUAAUCUCAGAUGAAAGCAAUGAAGAGACAACAGAAGGAGCACCAGUUACAAAAAAGAAAAGAAAAUCAAAAAAAGCCUCAAAGGAGACUGAUGAAAAUGAACACCUUGAUUCUGGAGAAAUGAUUGCAAAUAUAAAGAAGAAAGAGAAUCAUUCUAAUGGUGGCAAUACUGAUGUUCAUGAUAGUGCAAGCAAAACUACUAAGCAGUAUAUAGAAAAUGUCAAAACAGUUAAUGGUGAAAAAUUUACAGAUGAUGGCUUCAAAGUUGUGUCGUUUGUACCUGAUGAUGAUUCAGAUGUUUCUGAUGCAUUUGAGUCUGACAUUGACAUGGAAAACUGGUCUUCUCCAACCGCACAAAAAAAAGUUGAUACGAGACAGCCAUCAAAAAUACAAAAGGAAGCUGGUGUGACACAUCAACCACUAUCAAAUCAGAAAGGCCUAAAAAUGACAGAUGAUGGUUUCAAAAUAAUAACCGAGAUUCCACCAGACGACAGUGAUGUUAGUGAUGCAUUCACAGAAGAAGAAGAUGAAGGUUUCAUGACAGGUGAAGAAAUAGCAGCAAAGAAGAUAAAGUUAAAUUUAAAGAAGCAGCUUAAGAAACCCCUCCAGAGAAUGAUUGAUGAUUUUGACAUUGAUGAUACUGUCUUGCUUGGAAGAACAAAGGAAAAAGAGGAAAUUGUUAAUAAACCAGCCAAGAAAUUAAAGGGAUCCUGUGAUACGCUGACUUUAGCUGCUAAGAAAAAACCUAGGGAAGAAGUUGUUGUGAUAGAUUACACUAAGAAACGAGGAUCUGGAAAGAAGAGAAAAGACCAAGAAGAGGAGAGUGAGGAGAACACAGAAGAAUCCCCAGGACUGGUGAUAACAGGAGAAGAGGAUAUGAAGAAAUUAAGGUUUGAAGUUAUGAAGUUUGGCAUGACUGGAUUCCAGAAGAAGAAACAAGAAGAUGAGAGAAUUAAUCUGGCAAUAAGGCUAGGAGCAAAACCACCCAAGAAUAAGGCUGUCAACUAUAAGCAGUUGAUAGAAAUAAGGAAAGAAGAGAAAAGGAAGGAGCUGGAGGAACAGAAGGCAAAGCAGGAAGCAGGUCUUCAGUUUAAGAAGAAGAAGAAGAAGCAGUUUUCAAAAAAUAAACCACGAAACGUUAAUAAGGUGAAAGGGAUUGGAGGACAAAUUGGCCAUGAAAAGAAUGGAAUGAGAAUACUCUCAAAGAAAGAUAUUGCGAGAAUUAAUGCUUCCUAGGUUAUAUAGUCAGUUGUUUUCAACAUUAGCUAUAUAUGUGAUGAUGUAUAAAAAAGUUAAAUAAAGUCUUCAACAAUUA